AUGAUUGUUAUUGAUGAAUUACCAUUUAAGUUUGGGGAGGGUUACCGGUUUAGAGAAUUUAAGGCUACCGUGCAACCAAUGUUUCAAAUCCCAUCGAGAUGGACCGUUACACGUGGAUCUUAUGGAAUUCAUAAAGGUAGACCAAUUGCAUUAGCUAUUGAGGAGUGUUUGGUGGAGUGGGUAAUUACCAGGGUGUUAUCUAUCACGGUUGAUAAUGCUAGUUCUAAUGAUGUUGUAUUGGAGAGAUUAAAAGGUAGAAUUGGUAAUUGGGAUUCUAGUGUUUUAGAUGGAGAGAAUUUACACUUAAGAUGGAAUUCAACAUAUGAGAUGUUAGAUGUGGCGGAGAAAUAUGGAAGGGCAUUUGAUAGGUAUGAUACACAAGAUCCUAGAUACAAAAAACAUCUCAAGUUGAAUAACAUCGAUGGAAGGCCUACGAGUGAUGAUUGGAGUACCAUGAGAAAGUUUGCAUCAUUUUUAAAAAUAUUUUAUGUUCUAAGUUUGAAGAUUUCAGGGACACAAUAUGUUACUUCUAAUAUUUUCUUGCAUGAGAUAUAUGCCAUUCAUUCUAUCUUGAGUGAAUGGACAUUUGGUAAUAAUAUUCACAUGUGUGCUAUUGGAAAGGAAAUGUUGGAUAAGUUUAAUAAAUAUUGGGGAGGUCCAAGAGGAAUGAAUAAUCUUUUGUUUAUUUCGGUUGUACUUGAUCCAAGGCACAAGUUACAAUUUGUGUUGUAUAUGUUAAAAGCCAUGUAUGGAAUUGAAGUUUCGGGCUUGAUGGGAAAAUCAUUAGAAGAAGCAAUACAUAAGAUGUUCAAUGAAUACAAAUCAAGGAUUGCAUCAAAUAAAAGAAUAAAUGAGGGUAGAGAGAAAAGAAGUGAAGAAACUUUUUUUCAAGUGCAUCCAUCUCAAUUGCAAUUUCAGAAAGAUGGUGGAAUGAUCUCAAGUGAUGGUAGUGCAUCGGAUUUGGAAGAAUAUUUGGGUGAAAAACCAAAAAUAUGGUAUUAG